AUGAUGAAAGAAUGCCAAACAUCCCACAUGAAGAAACACGCGAGCCUCUUGAACAGGACGUCCAAGAACAAUCUGCUAUACCUGCACCUGCUCUGAAUGGUGAGAAUUCAUCGCUUAGUGUAGAUGGUGGCCUCCAGAGUACUAAUAAACAAAGAAAGAUGUCAGCUGUGUGGGACAACUUCGUUAAGCAUACGGCAGAAAACGGGGAAGAAUGGGCCACAUGUAAAUAUUGUAAGAAGAAGUAUAGAGCAGAAAGCAAAAGAGGAACUUCAAAUUUGCACAAACACUUAAAAAAAUGUUCGCGAAGUAGACAGGACGAAGAAGAGCAGCAAAUCUUGGUUGAGACAGGUGACUUGAGUACUAGCGUCAUCCAAAGGAAUUUUGUCAUACAUCAAGAAAGAAGUCGUCUAGACAUUGCAACAAUGAUUAUUAAGCAUGGAUAUCCCUUGGACAUGGUUCAACAUGAGUUUUUUGAAAUUUUUGUGAAGAAUUUGCAGCCAGUGUUUAAACUUUAUUCAAAAGACGAGGUUACAGAUGAUGUCCUUACUAUUUGCAGACGAGAGAAGGAGAAACUCAUCAAUUGUUUUGAUAAGCUCUCUUGUCUCUUCAGUUUAUCAAUGGAAUUGUGGUCAUCUAAUGACAAGAUGAUGACCUACUGUUGCUUCACCGUGCACUUCAUUGACGAUGGAUGGCAGCUGAAGAAGAAGAUUCUUGCUUUCAGGAACUUACGGUACAACUAUGACAUGGGCACUGUACAUGAAGUCUUUAAAAGUGUGCUUACAGAGUGGAGCAUCAACAAGAGCGUUCGCUUCAUAUUCCUGGAUAUAACUCCUCCAAACGAUCACAUGAUUGGAGAAUUAAGAAGUAAGGUUUCUGAUCAAGCCCCACCUAUCCAUGGACAUCUUUUCUGUGUUCCUAGUUAUGCCCAAAUUCUCAGCCUCCUUGCUCAAGAUGGAUUUUCUGAGAUAAGGAGUGUGCUUUAUAAGAUCAGAGAAUGUAUAGAGUACGUCAACGGAAGCUCACUUAGAAGGCACAGGUUCCAGGAGGCAAUUAAGAAUCGGAGUUUUCAGGACAAGGAAAUUCCUACUCUAGAUGUUCCCGCGAGAUGUGACACCACCUUUCUUAUGCUGGAGAGUUCAUUGGAAUUUAGAACAGCUUUUAAUCACCUAGAGCAACUCGAUGAUGAUUUCAAAGUGAAUCCAUCUGCGGAAGAAUGGAACAAAGCAACAGCCGUAUGUGAGUGCUUGAAGGAGUUCUGCCAGUCAACAUGCAAUUUUCCAACAAGCAGAGAGGAUUAUUUCCUUAAUGUUUGUGAUGUUUGUAAGAAUUUGCUUAAGUGGGAACAGAGUGAUUAUGUAUAUGUUCGCGCUAUGGCAAAUAGAAUGAAGGGAAAAUUUCACGAGUAUUGGGGAGAAGCUAGCUUGGCUUUGGGAAUCUCAGUAGUUCUUAACCCGUACUUUAAAUGGGACAUUAUUGAGUAUGGCUACCCGCAGAUAUACGGCAGUGAUGCUGACUUGCACUUAUCCAGAUUCCGUUGCGAUCUUACAUGUGCAUACCAUAAAUUGUUGUGA